AUGGAGAAGGGCAACGCGGCCGGUGCAGACGACUCUCUCGCGCAGACAUACCCAACCCCGACGACGGACGGACAGGACAGCACCUCGUUCUACAAUGCGGACGGCGACCACGUGGCCAUGGACCAGAUAGACCCCCAGCUUGAAGCAGGCGUGGACAUGCAGUCGGACGCGGUGGAUGGAUCCGCAGGCGGCGGCGUGGGCGUGGCGGAGGAGUCGUACCCGGAGUCACAUCUGCAGGCGCUCAAGGCAGAGGACGGAGUCCACCAGGCGGGACAGUACGGGGGGACGGAUGAGUCGGGGGGAUACGGCGGCAGUGGCCAGGACACGUCGUCGGCCGCAGCAGCAGCGGCAGCGGCAGCAGCAGCUGCAGCAGCUGUGUACCACCACGGCGGAUACGGAGACGGGGGCCAUGGGCUGCCGACAUCGCUGCAGAUGGCGCAGAUGGCGCAGCAGGCAUACUCGACCAGCGUGGACCACAUCCCGCCGCGCAAGCGAUCAAAGGUGUCGCGGGCGUGUGACGCGUGCCGGCGCAAGAAGAUCAAGUGCGACUCGGUUUCAGAGGCGGAGCAGUGUAGCAACUGCCGGCGGUCGCACGUGUCGUGUCUGUUCAGCCGGGUGCCGCAGAAGCGAGGUCCCAGCAAAGGCUAUAUCAAGGAGCUGGCGGACCGGAUUAACAGCAUCGAGGGCAAGCUCGGCGGUGGUGGCGGUGGUGUGUCAGCAGCAGCAGCAGCGGCAGCUACGGCAGACGCGCUCGAUCUGUUGGGUGGUGUUGUUGGGGGAGGAGGCGGAGGUGGUGUCCGUCGCGAGUCGGCGGAGGCGUAUUCGACAUUUGCGCUCAACGACAAUGCCAAGCGGCCGUAUGCAGCCAUGGCCGGUGAGGCAGCACAGGGCAGCCAGACGGGUCCAACAGGAAACAGUAGCAGCAGCAGCAACCACACGAACGGCGGCAACAGUGUCAACGGCAAUGCCAACAGUGGCAGCCGUCAUGCAGCCUGGGCCACGCCAUCGGGACGGUCGAUGCAGCAACACGGCUACCAGACGGCGAUGACGGCGAUGACAGCAGCCGCAGCAGCAGCAGCAGCAGCACGCGGCUCGACUUAUUCGGCGGCGAGUCUGGCACCACAGCCGCACAUCGGAGGGUCGGUACUAGAGGCAGCGGGCGAGGAUGUUGGCGUACUGUCGUCAUCGUCGGCAACAACACGGCCACCGCUGACCGACAUGGAACGUCUGCUACCGCUGACAGGCCAAAUGGACACGUCUCCCCAACAGCAACAGCAGCAGCAACAGGCACAUCAGACACAACAGCAGACGCAGCUAGCGAGCCUCGAGCUGGACGAGGAGAUAUACAACAGCUACUUAGUAGUGGUGCACCCGACACUACCGUUUUUGGCGGGCUCAUGGGGCCGGGCGAUGGAGCUGCUGGUGCAGUGUACGCCGUUGUUGCAGGGGGCCUUUGUGGCGGCACUGCAGGCAGUGGCGGCGGUGUACGACGGCGGUGCCGGCAGCACGGACGGCAGCCGGACGACCUGCAGCCUACUGGGGCAAUGGGAGGCCGAUGGAGGCGGCGGUGGAUCGCGGGCGCAGGGCCUCGUCCAUCUGCAGACGCUGCUGCUGUUGGCUGUUGAGGCCGACAGCCACGGCCCGGCGUCGCUGCAAGGCCGCCACGGCGUGCUGUCCAAGACGGCACUGCUGGCACGGGCUGUGGCGGCGGCCUAUGGUUUGGGGCUGCCACAGGCGCAGCUUUCGAGCGAGGGAACGACAGCAGAAGCAGAUGGGAACGCGGAUUCGGAUGGCCGACUUGUGCUGCGUGCGUGGUGGGCGCUCGUGACGUUGGACCGAUGGAACGCCGUGGCCACGGCGCGACCUCUGCUGGUGCCACAGGACAGCGUCGUCCUCUCGCCGGGACUGCGCGGUCUGGUGGGCGAAGGAGCUUUCCAGCUGAUGAAACUCUCGUACCUAUUUGGAUCGAGCAUCGCGCCUCUUGUGCUAGGCCCAGCGACAGCACAGGCGAUGCCGCCAGGCAGCGGCGCGGCUUUGGGUGGGCGCAUCGAAGCAGCGUUGGAGAUGUGGCGUGUGGACCUGCCGGCGACAGCGACGGACGAGAGCGAGCCGGUGGUGCACCUGGCGUACUGGCACUACCGGCUGCUGGCGUACCUGGCGAUGCCGUCUGCCCUGGCGACAGAUGUGGUCUGGGCGGCGAGCCAGGGUGUUGCGCUUCUGGUGUCCGUGUCAGCGCUGUCGUUGUCAUCGCGACAAGGCGGCGCGGCGGCCGUGACGGCGCGUCUGAGUCCAUUGUACCCGUAUUUUCUGGCUUUGCCGGCGGUGGUGUUGGCGGCGAUGCUACAGCAAACCAGCAGCAGCGGGGACGCCCGUGAGACAGCAAUGGCAGCAGCGAGCGCGCUGCUGGGUGUGCUGGAUGCCGAGGAGGGCAGCACGGGUGGUGGUGGUGCUGUGGACGGCGACGGCGACGGCGAGACGGCGAUUCGCGCUCAGGCUCAGCCGUUUCCAUCGACAGCAGCCGCAUGGACAUCGCCUUUGCGAGAGACUCUCAACGAAGCGCUGCAGCAGCGGUCCAGUGGUGCGAGCAUGGCCAUGGCCACAACAGCGCCGACCGACGUCGAAACGGCCACCAACCAGAGCCUUCAGCACCUGGCCGAUCUUGCAACGGCCACAGUGGCCAGAGAAGACGACGCGGCCACGGCAGCGGUCGUGGCCAAACUGCGCAGCUCCGACAACUAUGAGGAUCUUGGUUUUGACCCGCGACCGCUUCUACGGGCUGGCUAUCUGACUGCCGUCAAGGGGGGGGUGUGA